AUGAGCGUGGAUGCAUUGGGAAGCCCCGUGAUGGACCCUACGUUUUCCAAACGGAACACGGCGCUGAGAUUAGUUGACUUGGCAGGGGCUCACCACCAUCACCAUCAUCACCACCAUACCCCUCAGAGCGUGACAGGCUUCCCGGGGUUCAGCAGCCAUCCACACUCAAUGGCUCACUCGCACCCUGGGGAGAUUACUGCGGAACCCCGCCUGGGGCCGAGUCCAUUCGGGCCAGAACACAUGGGGCACUCCGCGGCCCUCAAAAUCAGCCCAGCCCAUCAUUAUCCCCACCACCAUCACCACCACCACAAUCAUCAUAUGGCAGGCCACAGUGAAGUGGUCUCCAGUCAAACGGGAGCUUUUGGCCCGGUUCAGGCGACAUCGGUCCCCUAUUCUAUGUCUCACACGGCCCAGGCUUUAUCUGCAGGUAGGGAUUUCCUCAUCCGGAGAGAUCUGACAGCUCAAGCCAUGCCAGUACUGACUGACCAGACUGCUGGUUCAGCCUCUCACCACGGAAUGUUUGUCUCAACAACAGGUAGCUAUCCCGGACACUAUGGUCAUCACCCUGACGCUGGGAACCAUACCCUCUUCUCCGGACUCCACCACGAGCAGCCUUCUAGCGGAUCACCGGGUGGCCAAACACUGAAUGGACAAAUAAGGUUAGGACUACCUGGAGAAAUGUAUGUUAGGUCUGAUCACUUGAGUCAAGUGGCAAGCUCCAGGGCUGAUCCGUUCUCUGCCUCGCCUUUGCAUGGCUACGGUGGUCUGAAUCUGAACAUGAAUCUUAGCGCUCACCACCACCACGGAGCCGGUGCCUUUUUCCGCUACAUGAGGCAGCCGAUAAAGCAAGAGCUGAUUUGCAAGUGGCUGGAGCCGGAGCACUCGCCGAAGAAACUUUGCUCCAAAACUUACAGCACCAUGCACGAACUCGUAACGCAUGUGACUGUAGAGCACGUUGGAGGACCAGAGCAAGCGAACCAUAUAUGUUUUUGGGAAGAGUGUCCCAGGGAAGGCAAACCGUUUAAAGCAAAAUACAAACUUGUAAAUCACAUUCGAGUGCACACCGGGGAGAAACCGUUUCCGUGCCCGUUCCCUGGUUGUGGGAAAGUGUUUGCAAGAUCCGAAAAUCUAAAGAUUCACAAAAGGACGCACACAGGUGAGAAACCCUUCAAAUGUGAAUUUGACGGCUGCGACAGACGCUUCGCCAACAGCAGUGACCGGAAAAAGCACUCGCACGUCCACACCAGCGAUAAGCCCUACAACUGCAAAGUGAGAGGCUGCGAUAAGUCCUACACACACCCCAGCUCCCUGAGGAAACACAUGAAGGUGCACUGCAAGUCCCCUCCGCCUAGUUCGGGAUAUGAGUCGUCCACCCCCUCCCUGGUCUCCCCUUCCUCAGACUUGGGCCGGGAACCAGGCGGCUCCUCGGUGUUGUCAGAGCCGGUGGGAGCCUCCCAGCCCGCGAAUUUAAGCGAGUGGUACGUCUGCCACAGCUCGGGUGCCAGCGGCGCCCAAACACCACCCAGCGGGCACUCUACACCCGACCCCGCAGACGAACCACCUUACAGAAACCCAGAACCGAGGGACGCUUUUUAACCCGGCUCAAGCUCACACACACACACACACACACACACACACACACACACACACACACACACACACACACACACACACACACACACCAGCAGAGACAGAAACACAUUUCCACAAGCUUAACAAUUAAAAAGGCGGUUUGGCUUUGGUGCCCAUGUGCCUGAUUAGGACCACUGGUACCCUUUUUUUUUGGAGGGGGAGGGAAGGGAAGGGGAUGAGCCACCAAACAGACAUCCAGAACCAAGAGAUGCAUUUUAACCACAUCGGAAGGAAAAUGUGCUAACCUUGAAGACGUGCUAAUUUCCAGGCAUAUAAAAAGAAUAUAUUUUCAAACCUCACUUGUUCAGAGCGGUUGGCUCGGUGCCUACACGCCCUCACGGCCCACAGGUCCACUUACGGAGAGAGUCUUGUAAAUCUGUUAGACAAUGUGGUACAUUAUUGUAGGCUUAGGCAUGUUGGUGUAAAAUUAUUAUUAUUAUUAUAUUUUUUUUUUGUAAAUGAGUUUGGACUUCGAUAUGUUUUUAUUUAUUUUUCAAUCUGACAUGGAAGGAUUUUGUAUUACCGAACCAAAGUGCAUGUUUGAAUUAGAACAACAACAGCAACAGAGACAAAAAGGAAAAAAAUGUACAUUUGUAAAUUUUUGUAAGUUUCGAUGUGUUGAUGUUGAUAGUUUUGUAAGGAUCUGUCUUCGGAGCAGUUUCUUACCGAAAACUGCGGCUAUUUGUACAAAAACAUUUUAUGUUUACAUCUUACGUCCCCUCCCAAACAUUUGUGCAGAGGGUCAGUAAUUAAGCUGUUUCAUAUGCCUGCAGUAUUUGAUAUACGACCGUGAAAUUAUAAAUGUUUUUAUCAAAGUGGGCAUUUUGUGAUUUUUUUUUUUUUUUGUAUCAUUGUUGUCUUUUUUUUUUUU